GUCAGGCAGACGUUUGGGUGGUUGCAGGCAGGCAGCCUGUUGCCUGGAGACGGCCAGGCCUUAGUGGGCCGUGGGCCAGGGCAGGUGGGUGGUCAGCCUGACCUCGCGGAGCCAGCGGGAGGGCCGGCCCGGGCAUCGCCGUGCGGCCAGCAGGCUGGAGGUUGCCGUGCGCUGGAGCAGAGACGGGCAGCUGACAGGUCGCUGGGUUUGGAGACAGUGCCAGGUACUCGGCCAGACCCACAUGCAGGACCACCUGUGGGGGCAGCCAGAUCGUCAGACAGCGGGCAGCGAGGUCGGAUGGCCGGCUGGCCAUGGCGCCCGCAGGCCGGCGGGCAGUGGGUCUGAGCAGCAUCGGGCGGGCGGUCAAGGACGCAGUCUGACCGUCAGGACUGCACAGCGGGCCACCGGAUUCCUCAGCGGCCCCGGACGCCCGAAAGGAGAGGAGAGAGACCCUGAUGGUCCGGGCCUCGGAGGCGGCCACACCCUCAGACGCCCGGCCUCGAGGCCCGCCCCGGGCGCCCCAUGGCGGCGUCCCAGCUGGCAGCGCUGGAAGGAGUGGCGUCGGAGGCGGGGGAGCCGCCCCUGACGGAGACCCGCCCCGGCUUCCUGUACUCGGAGGGGCAGCGGCUGGCGCUGGAGGCUCUGCUGAGCCAGGGCGCCGAGGCCUUCCAGGCGUGCGUGCAGCGCGAGGGGCUGCGGCCCUUCCUGGGCGGCGCCGAGCUGCAGGGCCUGGCCGCGGCCGCUGAGGACUGGACGGCGGCCCAGCCGGAGCCCGGCGGCAGCGAGCAGGGGGCUGUGGCCGGCGGGCACCCCGGCAGCCUGACCUACUGGCCCGGCCAGUCAGAGGAGCCGGUGCCGGUGCUGCGGCUGGGCUGGCCGGAGGACUCGGGCUGGAAGGGCAUCACCCGGGCGCAGCUGUACACCCAGCCCCCCGGCGAGGGCCAGCCGCCCCUCAAGGAGCUGGUGCGCCAGGAGAUCCAGGCGGCCUGCAAGCUGGUAGCCAUCGUCAUGGACAUAUUCACCGACCCGGACCUGCUCUUGGACAUGGUGGACGCUGCCACCCGCCGCUGGGUGCCCGUCUACCUGCUCCUGGACCGCCAGCAGCUGCCUGCCUUCCUGACGCUGGCCCAGCAGCUGGGCGUGAACCCCUGGGCCACGGAGAACCUGGACGUGCGCGUGGUGCGGGGCUGCAGCUUCCAGAGCCGCUGGCGGCGGCAGGUGACAGGCGGGCUGCGGGAGAAGUUCCUGCUGCUGGACGGCGUGCGGGUCCUCUCGGGCUCCUACAGCUUCACGUGGAGCGACGCCCGCCUGCACCGCGGCCUGCUGACCCUGCUGACCGGGGAGAUCGCCGACGCCUUCAGCCGCGAGUUCCGGACGCUGUACGCGGCCUCCGGGCCGCUCCCGCCGCCGCCGGCGCCCGCCCCGGGCCCGGGCCCCUUCGUCAGCGCGCUGGGCGGGCUGCAGCUGGCCCGCGGCCCGCACGCCGUGGCCCGCCGCCGCGCCGUGGCCCCCGCGCCCCCGGAGACCCCGCUGGCCCAGCGCCUGGCCGCCUGCCGCGUCCGGGACGCCGGGCGGCGGGAGGCCCCGGGCCCCGGGCCCGCGCUCAGCGACAUCCUGCGCGGCGUGCAGCGCGCCCGGCCGGCCAGCGGCCCCGCCGCCCGGCCCAGCCGCUCCCUGUGGGACCUGAGCCGCCUGUCCCAGCUGUCCGGCUCCAGCGACGACGGCGAGCUCAAGAAGUCCUGGGGCUCCAAGGACACCCCAGCCAAGGCCCUGAUGAGGCAGCGGGGCACUGGGGGGGCCCCCAGGGGUGAGGUGGACUCCCGCCCCCUGGGCGGGCCCCAGCCCUGGGGCGGCCCCCUGCCCCUCACCCCCGGCCGCCGCCUCCGCUACCUGUCCCCCACCCGGAGGAGGUUUGGAGACGACGCUGCGCCCAAAGCCCUGGAGCCGAGAGGGGGCCGGCCGCCGGGCUGGGCCACCCGGGCGGGACUCCGGGGGCGGCCCUGACGGAGCCAGAGCCGCAUGGACCACAGGGCGCUGGGAGCCCCCCUCCGUGCUGUGCCUGGGCCUCAGUCUGGGAAGGAGGAGGGGUGUCCCCCCAAAUUACCCUGGAACUUGGGCAAGUCCCAUGCCCACCCCAGACCCCAGUGUCACAGCCUAGAGGAGCUGGGAUCCCAGAAACUGCACAUCCCGCCCGGGCACUGUGGGGACUUCUCCGAGGGGAGGCCUGGCGGAGGGCCCCAUGGGGUCCCGGGGCCCACCUGCUCAGAAGGGUGGGCAACGGAGCUGGGCUCAGGGGAGGAGAGACCUCAAUCCAGGGGACUGAGCUGAAUGAUGAGGGACGCGGAUCGGUGGGGACACCCCUGCUGGGGAGCGACUCAGGGCCCUGGAGAGGGGACUGGGCAGGUGCUGGGGCAGUUUUCUGGGUGCUAAGGGGUUAGUUGUUGGGGCUCCCUUUUCCCUCUGCUCAGAAUAAACCUGCCUCCUGCCAAA